AAGGUCAUUUCAAAUGAAAUCAAACACUGAAAUUUUGAAACAUGUUUUUAUAUCAGAACAUAUUAAAUAAAGUUCAAUUUGAAAUGUUAUAUCGGUGCUUUUGUGACACGGCAGAUGGAUUUGCACACCAGCAUAUAUAUAUUUUAAUUUAUCGUGUGCAAAUUUAAUAACAGUGUCAAACAUGCAAACUACACCCCCGCUAAAAUAACGUCAUCCGAGCAAUAUUAGACACUGAAUAAUUUCGUUCACGUUUGCAUUUGAUCAACGACUUCUCGGUGAGAAGCCAAUAUGAAUUGUUAUCACAUUUUAGAACUUGUGGGAGAGGGCUCGUUUGGCCGAGUUCAUAAAGGAAUGAAGAAAUUUACGGGCCAGGUGGUGGCUCUGAAGUUCAUGCCAAAGAUGGGACGAUCAAAUAAAGAACUGCAAAGUUUAAAGAAGGAAAUUGAUAUCAUGAGCAACCUUCGACAUCCGAACAUUGUGAAACUUUUUGACAGCUUCGAAACCGAAACGGAGGUUGUUGUUGUGACCGAGUAUGCAGAGGGACAAUUGUUCCAGAUUAUUGAAGAUGAUGGGAGUUUACCAGAAAGUCGGGUUUGUGAGAUUGCCUGCCAGCUAGUCUCAGCACUGUAUUAUUUGCACUCCCGUCGUAUCCUGCAUCGAGACAUGAAACCCCAAAAUAUCCUCUUUGAUAAAAACGGCGUCGUGAAACUGUGUGACUUUGGGUUUGCUCGUGCAAUGAGCGUCUCUACAAUGGUGCUGACUUCUAUCAAGGGAACGCCCCUUUAUAUGUCCCCCGAGUUGGUGGCGGAGAAGCCUUAUGACCACACCGCUGACCUCUGGGCGCUAGGCUGCAUUCUUUAUGAACUCCACACAGGGAUGCCCCCAUUCUACACCAAUUCCAUCUUCCACCUGGUGCAGAUCAUUGUGAAAGACCCCAUUAAAUGGCCAGACACGAUGAGCAGCACAUGCAUGAGUUUCCUGAAAGGUUUGUUGACCAAAGACCCUCAGAAGCGACUGUCAUGGCCAGACCUCCUGCAUCAUCCUUUUGUUGCUGAUGGUGUUCUAGUGAUUCCAGACACGGGUGUUUUCAGUCCUCUGACGGUCACCCCUGACCCAGACAUGCUGGCACGGAAACUGAAACAAAUGGCAGAAAAGAUGUCGCAAAACUCUGGGGAGAGCAAAAUUCUGAGAAAGGUCAAAGAACAUAGAAGCAAAGGUAAUGCAAAGAAACCAGCCGACAGUGCAAAAAUAAGCGAUAUGGAUGAACUGAAAAGUGAAGAAACCGGUUCUGCGUUGACAGGAGCGCCCCCUCGAGAUACUUCUGCACCCUCAAUUCAGCCAUUGAAAGCCUCUCCAAGUGAAUAUCCAAAGAACCUGAGCGACAUGAGAUCCACUCUUCAAAAAAGGGGUCCAAUCACUCAGGACUACGAACGCGAGUUCCCCUCAAUAGAAAUCGUGCCACGACUAAACCAAAGGGCAUCCAAGCACGAACCUGAAGUCACUGCAAAAAUGUCUAGUUCCAUAACAUCUGACAGCGAGGAUUUUUGGCAGAAGCUUGUUGAGGAGUCAGAUCCAAGGCGACGAACGCGAGACCAACUCGACUACAGCACCGUUAUUGUUCAACUGAAAUCCACCAUUUUAGUGUGCAAGCAAGAGCUAGACGAUGGCGUCCUGAAAGAAAUGCGUUCCAUUCGCCUUCCGCUGAAGGUCCUACAAAACCUGGUUUUGACCUCUGACCUUGACAUGAGAAACCACAUUGGUCGCGAACUUGGAUUGCCAUAUCUCCUCAUUGACUUGGUUGAUGACUCUGUGGAAAACUCACAUUUCAUUGAGCAGCCAUGGAGUCUUCCAACACUUGGAGAAAUGAUUGUUGCACUGCUGAUCUACAUAGAGAAGAACCAUGACGGGUUAAAAACAGAAAAUAGACAUGAACACCUCAUCAAGCCCUUCAUGACAAUUCUUAAUCAAGCAGAACUCAAUGCCUUAGCCCCUCUGGCUGCAGGUGUUUUAUCUCUGUUUAGCCAGCAUGAGAUCGCUGUUAAAGCUGAUGUGAAUAGGCUCAUUUCUUUGCUGAAGGAACUUGUCCCCGGUUCAUGUCAGGCCCAACUUCCACGACCGCCUGGCUGGGGACUCUGUGAUGGUCUCCUUGCUUUACUACGACACAGUCUCUCCGAGCAUGAUGAUGGCUCUUUAUGUUGCGAUGCUCUCAUGUUUGAUCACCUUUGGGAAGGAAUUGGCACUGCACUGACAAAGACAAAGCCAGACAUGGACUUCUGUUCAACAAACGGACUGCAUUUACUUCUGUCCGUCUCAUUGUUGGUCUUCUCCAAGGAUCCGUCUUCCUAUAUUUCACUGUUUUCUGAGAGCAAAUCGACAUUUGUAUCUACUCUUGGCUGGCUACUGAGCUCUGAAUGUUCUAUAUUCACCGAAGGCCAUCCAGAUCCACUCGAGAAUCGCCAGAGAUUAAUCGAGUUGAGCUGCCACUUCCUGUGCCUUCCAUUUGCUUUGGACUUGAAUUCACACAGCAGAUCGAGGAUAUUGCAGUUGUAUGACAACGGCGGUGUUGUCCGAGGGCUUCUGCGGGUGAUUCAAACUCUCCCCGUUUCAUUAGUGGAGCUGCCACUGUCACUUCUGCGCUGCUUGUUGCUGCGCGACCGUCAACGUUUUGUUUUCCACCUCGGUCAAACCGCUCCCGUCUUUUUUUCCGCCCCGGCACUCACUCCAUUGGGUCAGCAGACAACAACCAGAACCGCCAGUUCUUUGCUCUCCGAUUUGCUGCAGCUGGAUGAGCUCGGGGACUCUGCCGUAGAACUCCUCUCUCUGUUAUACCUCAUCACCCGUUUUUGCCCUCACUCUGGUCGCCUCCGUCUUCACAUUGAACUGUCCGUUUUGCAGCGGGCACUCACUCAUGCCUACGACCCGGUCAGGGCCGCCACAUGCAAGGUUUUGGGGAAUUUGUAUCCCUUCGGGUUUCCCACAUUGCGCAAUUUACAACUUGAUAUUUUUAAAAGCAUGAUAGACCUUCUUGAGGAUUCUACUGUGCACGUGCGGCAGGCGGCCUGCUUGUCAAUUGGCAAAUGGUUGGGUUAUAUCGCCGUGAAGGCCGGGGAGAAGGGAGGAAAGUGCAAUGGAAAUGUAGGCGACACUCCAGAGUGGCUAAAACUGAAGCACAACGAAGCACUCAAGGCCUCAAACGGGGGGACGAUAAAGAACAAGCUCGGUGACGAUGAAAUGAGACAGUGGCUAGAAGAAGCCAGGAUGACGGCGGCCACACUGGCCUCACUGACCUCUGACCCCGAUGCCCACACUCGUCUCCACGCCUGCGCCGCUCUGGGAAACCUGCUACAUGUUCCAGGCGCCGUACCCGAGCUGCUGGAAGAAAGCGUGUCCGGACGACUUCUGAGAGCGGCGUGCGCAGAUUCGCACAAUGUCGUUAGAGAAGCCGCCAUUGCAACUUUGAAUUUGUACACGCAGCAGGAGGCGUUACGACAGGUCCUCAUAUCGCUGGAUGCCAGAGGACAACUACUUCAGGCCCAGCGUGCGCCUCUCCAGUGUGACUAUCUUCCUCUUCUUAGACAGCUCCAGACAGAUAAGACGGAUUCAGAUUCCUAAUUUUUGUUCUGAUGUUGUGAAUGCCCGAAAAAGACCGAGUCAAGCAUAUUGCAAUGUUUGUACAAUUUCAAGCAAUCAUUUUUGUAGUAAGAGUAGCAACAACAACAAAAAAAAAAUGUAGAAAAAUAUCAAUCUUCUCUCAAAUAGAUCACAGGGUACAAAAUCUUAGAGGAAAAAAAAGGUUUCAUGAUAUACUGUACUUUAUAUUUGGGGAACUCAUGUGGCCAUUUGUGUCGUGGUUCGCUCGCCUGAUUUUAGUGCAGGCGGAGUGACUUUAGUUCCUACUUGUGACAGUGUAAAGGUGAGUCUGAGUGCCUGUCUGAUCUUUUUCAUCGCCCUCCUAAAAUAAUAGCCACUGUCGGUUUUUUUUUUGUUGAAAAAACAGAGCCAAGUACUGAUUAUACUUCUGAAUAAUUUCAGUUCAGACAGAGCCAUACUGGCAUCAAAUCAUGCAAAAAUGUUUUGAAAUGGACUCAUUCUUCGCUUUGCGAUUCCUGUAAACGAGUCUUUGGUUCAGCUUGUAAAAAAAAAGAAAAAAAAAGACGCAUACACACACAGGACUUAUAAUGCCACACUUUUAUUUUUAACGGCAAAAAGUCAACGAUCGACAUACACGCUGGUUUGAUGAUGAAGUGGAAUUUAAAUCAGAACAUUUUAUUUCGAGUAUGAGAUCCCGUGACUUUGAAUUGUCCUGCCGGCCGAUAACUACGACUUGGCAGUACAACCGCAAUGAGGCAAAGCCACGGGUCUCCUUAGUGUCUUGUAAAUUGAAUAAAUAAUAAUAAUAUCUUGGCUUAUAUUCAAGAUUGUCUUCAAAUAAAUGCAUAGGAAAAAAAAAUAUGCCCAGUAGGAUUUCUCCCAGCAGUGGAAAUCCAAAGUUACGCAUUCCGGCGCAUCGUUAACAAACUAUCUAAUGAGGCUUUUCUCAGUUAAUUUGCUACAAAGCGAGGACCAUUACACUCUAUUCGCUCAACAUAUAAAAGUUUGUACAAAUUAGUGCAAUUAGCCUGAGGCUCAUGAGACGAGUUGCGUUAAUAAGAAUCCUGAUUCAUCCCGAAAUCAAAUUUUUUUUUUCCUUGCAGAAAGACACGCAGCAAAAGUGUCCUUUCCGUAUCUAGCCACAAGAAAAAUGCAUAAGUGGAAUAUUUUUAAGUUCACCUGGAAGACGCAUGAAUAAUUUCCUCCUCGGGCAUUUCCGAAGGUCGAGACAGUUUACCGGAUAACAAAUUGUAUAUCCUGAGCUGUGUUAAU